AUGUCUAUAGGAGGUAGUCUUAGUUGUUUCAAAUUCAUAUGUUUCAGGAAGAAGCAGGGCAAUAAAGAAGAGAAACCCCUGAAAGCAGAACGUAGCGGAUGUCUUUAUUGUUUCAAAGUCAUGAAGAAAGAAAGCAAGAAAGAAGAUAAACCCCUGAAAGCAGAAGGUUUGACAAAGGUUGGAGAAAAAGAUGCAAAAAACAGCGUGGAUGAUAAGAAAAAACCAGAGACAUGCAAGGAACCUGUGUACCGCCUUAUAGAAUGUAGCACACAUGUAGGUAGCAGUAACAUGGAAGAGUACGAGUCUGAAGGUUUUUAUGUAGGUGUCUCUCCUUCACCAAUGACUAAUGAUUUCAACAAAGUGAAGACCUUUGAUUUUCGUGAAGUCGCAAAAGCCACGGCAAAAUGAAGAAAAAGUGUGCGAGAGAUAAC